AUGGCUUCAAUGGGGAAAAGACUGCAAAAGGAACUACAAGCUUUAUUAAAAGAUCCUCCAAACGGUGUGAAGGUGGAUGCUCAAAGUAUAUACAAAAACCUCUCAGAAUGGAUUGUUGACUUGGAUGGAGCUCCUGGCACAUUGUAUGAAGGAGAAAAAUUUCAGCUUGCUUUUAAGUUUGGGUCAAGAUAUCCCUUUGACUCUCCACAAGUUAUGUUCAUUGGAGGAAACAUACCACUCCAUCCACAUGUGUACAGUAACGGCCAUAUAUGUCUGUCCAUCCUAACAGAUGAUUGGUCCCCAGCCCUCUCCGUUCAGUCUGUCUGCCUAAGUGUAGUCAGUAUGUUAUCUAGCUGUAAAGAAAAGAAAAGACCUCCAGAUGACUCAUUUUAUGUUAAAACCUGUAGUAAAAAUCCCAAGAAAACCAGAUGGUGGUAUCAUGAUGACAAUGUCUGAUACAGUAAUUCAAAAAUGGAAAAAACAGCAAUAAUCAUUUGUGAAAGAAGAAUAAAUGGAUAUCACCUGACACAGUUUAAUUUCUCUGAUAGUAAA